AUGCCUCGAACUCUUCCAUGGCUUAUAGGCAGUGGUACCAAAGCCGAGGACGCAAAGAGUUCACCGCGUCGACGUGAAGCGAAGCACGAGAAAGGUUCGGACCACAGCGCUGAGGAGACUCCGAAGGCAUCCAAGUCUACGUCUCGCAAAGAGAAACGAGAUUUUUUUCGGUCUUGGUUCGAUAAAGAUGAUAUUUACAUGAUGGUCGAAGACGAGUUCUACGCCAUGGCGCAGACGUUCACCAAGCACCUCCACUAUGCGGAAUACGUCAAACGCAAGGAGGCAAAACUCCAAAACGCAGCAGCAAUUAAAGACCUUGCCCGACCUACUGAUGGUGUCACGCCGAGAAGCGAAGAGACGAAGAGGAAGGACGCGGCGGCCGCCCUCUCAGCCCGUCAAAGGGCAGGCCUGGAGAAAAUGGGCGGUAAGCGGCCGCAGCUGGACUCUGAUAAGGAGGAAGACGAUACAGAUGAAGACGAUGGGCUUGCUGGUACCUCGCUAGGGUACCUUAUGACGAGCCCACGGAAGGCUCGCUCGCUAGUGGGCAUGCAAGGUGUUAAAUCGUCCACUAGGGCGGCUGCUGGGUUCGCCCAGGCGUCUGGGUCGAAAAGGCAGAAGACGAAUCCUGAUGCGCAUACCCGUUCUUCACUGAAGGCUGAAAUUGAAGCAGACGAUCAUGCGGCGGGUGCAACUGCUACGGAGGAUGACGACUUGGACGUACAGAUCACCAAGACUUCCACAAGACCGACAGAAAAGAAACAUUCUAUUGGAUCAGAUGCCAACUCACCGGUCUUAAGGACCAGUUCUUCUACUCCUCAGUAUGCUGCCAAUGAUGAUAAAGGAAAAAGACCCGUCCGCAUUAUUCACAGGACUCCACCGUUGGGUAGAUCGAGAAGAAAAGUAUUCUUCGAUGACUUUGACGAGCUACCAGAGCCGUCAAAUCCAAACCCUUCGGCACAUGGCCGGCUCAAAUCUCACACAGCUAAUAAUACAAAGGAUCCGAACGAAAGUGCGACAAUCCCCAAUCUCCUAGAGAUAUCCAUUGGCGACAUGCUUCGAAAUGUCCAACGAUCCGAAGUCGGAUUCAACAUCUUUGUCAAAGCGAAAUCAUCACUCAUGGCAAGAAGACGGGCCCACGAGUUUAAUGCUCAGCCUCCGGACAUGCUCCUUGAUCUUGUCCCGUGUGGACGGCUGUCGCUGAACUCCCUUGACUGUGUCCUUCUCUAG